CCCGGAAGUUGAAACUGCAGGUGCCCCAAACAGAGCGAGCGUGCAAGGAGCGAAACUUAGAGGAUGUCUGACCAGGAUCAGGGUGACCAUAAUCAAGAGACAUCGGGACCUGGAGAUGGUGGCACCGCCAGUGCCAGCGACUCGUCAAGUGAAUAUAUCAAACUGAAAGUUGUCGGCCAGGACAGCACAGAAAUACACUUCCGUGUGAAGAUGAGUACUCCAAUGUUGAAACUGAAGAAGUCGUACAGUGAAAGGAUGGGCUUACAGUUAACGUCAUUGAGGUUUUUGUUUGACGGUCGGAGAAUCAAUGACAGUGAGACACCGAAACAGCUGGAGAUGGAGAACGACGAUUCUAUUGAAGUUUACCAGGAACAGACUGGAGGCCACUGAUAUCACAUAUGACACAUCCCCGCGACACCUGUUGUCCACAGACUAAAACGUUGAGCAUCCAGUUUGGACACAUUCAAAGCUCAACUAGUCCAUGAAGCUGGCGCUGAACCAAGUCUACAAGUCCGGGACAGAUUUGUAAAUUCAGUCUUAACAGUACAAAGGAAUCGUCUUAUCAUUUUUGUUUGGUUAAGACAUUUUUGUGUUUGGUUAUGUUCCUGAUUUUCAUGUGGCUUAUUUCUCUGUAUCUUUAAUCUUAGAGCAAAGUGUUGCCAUAGUUACAGGAAUGGAGCCAGCCAGUGAGCUUGUAAGCUUGAAGACCUCUAAUCAUUUAUGUUCCCUUAUUUGUUUUAUAAUGCUCAAGAUAAGUGAAGAACAACCAAAAUUGAAAGGCUGUAUA